UCAUACGAGUCAAAACACCGUCAGCUGUUAGUCGCGAUAUUUUCAUCGUUCACGCUCAUACAUGGAGAUAUUAUAUCCACGCCGACGUUGCAUGGGGUCCGCAAUUUUUUGACGCGAGAAAGAAAAUUUUUUUUUUUUUUUUUUUUCUCUCAUCCUAUCUUAUAUUUUAUAUCUUUUCUCUCCGAAUCGGGUAAUACGACAAGAACAAUGAGCGACGACGUUGUCAAAAGAUCUUUUGAUCUCAUCGACUGCGUGGUAUUCGCUGGAAUGUUGGGGGUUUCGGCACUCGUCGGAGUCUACCAGGCUUACAAAUCCAGAAAGAACCCGGACGCCGUUAGGGAAUAUCUAGUGGGCGGACAGAACAUGUCUAUAUUCCCUAUAAGCAUGUCUCUGAUUGCAAGCUACAUUUCUGGGAUAGCCAUACUCGGAAUUCCAGCCGAAAUGUACGUCUACGGUACCCAGCUGUGGUCCGUCGUCAUCCCGGAUUGCUUCGUGUCCCUCACAAUGGCCGUCGUCUUCCUGCCAGUAUUUUACAAGCUACAAAUCACGUCCUCCUACGAGUAUUUGAACCUGCGUUUCAAUCACGUCGUUCGAUUGAUGGGCUCCAUAAUAUUCCUCAUAAAAAUGCUUCUUUACAUCCCUCUCGUUAUCUACGUCCCAGCUCUGGCGUUUAAUCAAGUAACGGGAAUCCAUCUGCAUCUGAUAACGCCGAUCGUUUGCGUCGUUUGCAUUUUCUACACAACUUUGGGUGGCUUGAAGGCCGUCGUAUGGACCGACACGAUACAAACAAUCGUCAUGUUCGGUGGCGUGAUCGUCGUCAUGGUUCUCGGAACUUUGAGGGUUGGAGGCGUCCAGGAAGUUUGGCGAAGAAGUCAAGUUACCGACAGGAUUGAAUUUUUCAACAUGAACCCGGACCCAACCAUACGACACACUUUUUGGACGGUCGUGGUUGGAAAUUACCUGAAUUGGUUAGCGACGUGUUCGGUGAACCAAGCGAUGGUACAACGUUGCUUGGCGAUGCCAAAUCUAAGGAAGGCCAAUAUUACGAUCGCCGUGAUGGCCGUGGGCAUAGUAACCAUUAUCUCGAUGUGCUGUUAUACAGGACUAGUUAUAUUCGCAGCGUUCCACAAAUGCGAUCCCAUCACGACCAAGCAAAUAAAUAAGGCCGAUCAACUGCUGCCGUUCUUCGUAAUGGAAAUUGCGGAAAGUGUUCCAGGACUUCCGGGUCUCUUCAUAUCCGGCGUUUUCAGCGCAGCUUUAAGCACAAUGUCCACGGGAUUGAACUCUAUGUCUGGGGUGAUCUACGAAGACAUGAUAAAGCCAUUGCUUAAACGACCACCGGGAGACAUUGGGGCUAGUAGGAUUAUGAAAGUCACCGUUGUACUAAUCGGAGCACUUUGCGUCGGAUUAGUUUUCCUCGUAGAAAAACUCAGCAGCUUGAUACAGGCCGGAAAAAGUUUGUCUGGGAUAACAGCUGGACCACUCCUCGGGAUUUUUACCCUCGGAAUGUUUUUCCCUUAUGCAAACUCGGCGGGUGCCUCGGUCGGUGGAUUGGUCAGCUUGGGUUUCGUCGCAUGGAUAUCGUUGGGAACUCAAGCAGCAAUUUCUACUGGGCGAAUUCAUUUUUUGACAAAACCAGUGUCGGUCGAAGAAUGUCCGGACCGUUUCAAAGCUUUCACCAGCACACAAAAUUCCACAAUUAUCCUCGACGACGCGGCGGGGGAGGCGCCGUUUUUCUUGUACAGAAUGUCUUACCUCUGGUACACCUGGGUCGGUUUUUUGGUAGCUAUUCUGGUCGGACUUUUUGUAUCCUGGAUUACAGGACCUAACAAAUACAGAGUAGAAGACAAAAAACUGUAUACUCCAGUCAUACAUAAACUUUUAUCUCGAACUUCUGCGGCAACGAACAAUACAGAGCUCGUUAAAGUGGAUCGAAUUGGAAAAAUCAGUUUUCCAAAAAGUUGAGUUCGUACAUGCUGUGAAAUAAUCUCAAUAAAAUGAAAUGACAGUAUCGAAA